AUGAUGCUCGUCGGCCUCGCCGAGCUCUACUACUGCACCACCACCCUCUCUUGCAACGAGGCAGCGCCCGGCAUGUCUGUCCGAGGGCAGACCGCGGCGGUGACACUGGUUGCGCUCGAGGCGCUCGUGGCGGGUACGUUUCUCUCCUACCUGCACACGCGCCGAGUGCGCUGGCUUGCCUUCAAGCGGGUCGAGGCGGUGCGUUCGGCGGCGCGACGCGGGGUGGCGCACCGGCGAGCCGCGUCGACGGCAUGCACAGCUCUCGACCUUGUCGCCAGCGCGCAGCAAGGGCUCCUCGACACGGCCGCCGCCGCCGCCUCUGCCGCAGGGCUUUCGGCGGGGGCAGUCGACCUGCCCACGCCGGACCUUGGCGUCAAGGGCGCACUGACCGUCUUCGUUUUACGUGCCCGGGGUCUAGAGAGCACGGACCGGAAUGGGCUCGCCGAUCCGUAUGUGAAGGUGACGGUCGGCAGCACCACGCGCAAGACCAAGGUGAUGCCUCGCACCCUCGACCCGGAGUGGUUCGAGCGGCUCGGAUUCGAGGGCGUGCUGCGGGACAUCGUCGCAAAGCCGGUGCAGGUGGUGGUGUACGAUCGCGACGUGCUGACGCGCGAUGACAAGCUCGGUCAACGCGCAAGAUACCUUCCCUGCUCUCUAUCCUUCAUUGACGCGUCCCGGUCACGCCUAUCAGGCGAGGACGGCAAGCAGGGCCUACUCUCGCUCGAGGUCGGCUGGGCCCCGCAGACCGACCCCUCCCCCGCCGCCUCCACCGUGCCCUCGGCGGGUGCGUCGCCGACGCAGCCCCGCCGAGACUACCUCGACAUGCACGCGCGAGGAGAGCUUGCUGUGCACCUCUUCCGCGGCGGCGCUCUGGCUCCCAAGGGCAGCAGCAGCAGCGCCGACCCGUACGUCGUCGCGAGCAUCGGCAGGCAGCGGCGCAAGCUGCAGCCCGAGUGGGACGAGCGGCUGACCUUUGACGGCGUCCUCAGCGACUUUAUGGGCAAAGUGCUCCACCUACAGGUGCUCGAUAAGGGCCGCUUCCGUUCGGAGCCUCUCUCCGAGUGCGAGGUGCCGCUCGAACCUAUCUUGUGCGAGCUCGAAGAGUCUGCCGCCCCCGUCGUACGCUGGGAGCUGCCCUUGACUGCGACCGGGCCGUUCAACGCAACGAGCGGUCACCUUACCAUCGCCAUCGAUUGGCUGGAGCGGCGGCCGGCGGCGAGGAAGGACGAGGACGCGUGUGCCGUCGCGGCCGCUUCGUCGUUUGGCGGCGCGGCCGCGUCGUCGGCUGGGGCCGAGACAUCUCUUACCAGCGGGGAGGCGGUCCCGCGCGCCCCAACGAAGAUGCCGUCGCGGAUGGCGUCGCGACCAGCGAUGCGCUUCAUCGACGCGCACGCCUACGGCGAGAUCGAGGUACAUGUGCGCAGCGCCCAGAACUUGGAGGCCAAGGACGCGCGCACCCAGUCCUCCGACCCGUACGUGCUAGUGCGGCUCGGCCGGCAGCGAAGGCGGUCGAGGGUCGUGAAGCGUAGCCUCUUCCCGCUCUGGGACGAGCGAUUAGCCUUCGAGGGCUUCCUUGGCGAGCUUGUGCAAGACGAGACGCUCCUUGUCAAGGUGCUCGAUCACGAUAUUGGCAGCACAGACGACGACCUCGGCGAGCUAGAGCUCGAGCUCGGCCAGCUGCUCAGCGAGGGUUCCAUCACUCUCACCGACGUGCCCCUCGCCGCCGCGAAGCACGGAUCCAUCUCGCUCUCCGUCUCCUGGUACCCCUUCGAGGACAUCGUCGGGCCGUGGGAGCGCGUCGCCACUUGUGGCCGCAUCCCCUCCAAGCGGCAGCGAGCGGAGCCGCGGAGCGACCGGGUUACGCGAGGGGUGGUUGCAGUGGACCUCGCCUUUUUGCUGGGCAUCUCCUUUCUCGCCUCGGCCGAUCUCAUCUAUCGCGUCAACGGGUGCGGCCCGCUCGGUAUUGUCACCGACAUCGCGGCGCUCUGGACGCGUUUCCUCACCCUCGAGUCGACGAGCACGGAGCGUGGCGUCUGGUGGCUGCUCUCGGUGCUCUCGAUGGCGACGGCACUGCCUUACCUCCUGUUCCUCCUGCCAACGAUCGGCGUCAUCCUGCUCCGACUCGAGCUGACGGGGUACGACAAGAGGGGAACGCUCCGAUCGGUGCUCAGCCACCGCAAAAUGGUGAAGCUGCACUAUAUGCAGAACGAGGGGGCGAAGCCGCGCGGGGGGCGAGGCCGGGUGGGGAAGAAGCGCUCGGCGGUCGGGGCGCUGGUGGGCUCCGCGGUGGGCACGUUGGUGGGGCAACGCUACACGGCGUUGAUAUGA